GCCAGAAGCCGCCAUGAACAAUGGGUACUUCAAACCCCUGAGCAUAUCGGUGGCGGCGUUGACAAUUGUACAAGGAUUCGGAACGGCAUUAGAGUCUGCAACCAACAACACGUUAUCGUCAUGUAAGUCUGGUUUUGAGUAGCAAUCGAUGCUCAUGAGAGUAUGGUGGUAGUAUUUCUCGGACUCAACCUCGUGCUUGUGGGCGUGUGGCUUCUCUUCCACGAGUUGCAUCCUGCGUUGGCUCCAUUUGACAUGGCCAAGUGGCUGCCCUUCUUGCAAACCCAUGUUGGCAAGUCGUUUGUGUUUCAAUUCGUGGCAUUUUUGUCCACCGGGUCGUACUUUGGCGACGUUUGGAACUCGUUUGCAUUUUGGUGGCAGCUUGGCGUGGCUGGUGCGUACAUGUACUGCCACGUCGCGUCGUCACAUCGCGUUGACACGGAAUCCAGUCAUGACAGUCUCUUGCUCCAUGACUACCAGAAACUCGAUGUCCAAGCCAUGUAAGUUAGCAGUAACACCCAACAACCUCCAACGACAUGUACUUACUACUUGUCCAGUGACGUCAUUGCUUUCUGCUUUCCCGUGGCUACAUGGCGGUGCUACCAUCGUCAGCAUCACCUUUGGCAGAUUACUCUUCCAUCGCAACUCCAGUAACUUAGUACUGUACUACUAAGGCCGCACUCUGCAUUAGGCCGAAAAGUCGAUACAUACUUA